CACGCUACUCAGUAGUUAAAUUGGCUUAAUUCGAGAAAUUACAUAUACCAAAAUAUGUUGCAAAACAAUUAAAAGACAAUAAACAUAGUAAAUGAAGGCUAACUCCAGAGUCUGCAGAGACGUGUAAUUCAAAAAACUGCUUCAAUUGGCAAUUGUAGUAGCUCAUCAGGCACGGGAAGCACCCUGUGCGUGACGCAGUUACACAACGCAAAGAGAACACAAAAUUCUCAGUCUGGACGAUUAGGCCUCGAGGGGGGCAACGAUUGGGGCGCAGAUACAACAAAACGGCAAGAACAACAGUCUAUUGGAGCUGUGCAGGCGCUUCGAAGAAGUUCAGGGUCGCGGUGCACAUGCAGUGAUUUCACUUUCAUUCUGGCAACACUUCUAAUAUUCUUCGAUCAGUGUUGUCAUCAUGGUUGUGACCGCAUCAACAUGCCGCACGGAGACGGUUUUCGACUACAGUUGGAAGCAUGUGGUUAGCGCCUACUGGAAUCGAUAUCCAAAUCCGUCCAGCACUCAUGUUUUAACCGAAGACACAAUUAAGCGGGAGGUGCGGGAUGGAAAGUUAUACUCACGUCGCUUGCUUUCGAAGACAAAUCCUGUGCCCAAGUGGGGGGCGCGGUUCUACAACAAUGUGCCGGUCAAGAUUGUUGAGGACUCUGUGCUGGAUCCAGUGAAAAAAACAUUUACGACAUUUACCCGUAAUUUGGGAAUGAAAAAAAUAAUGAAAGUUGACGAAAUUGUGGUGUACAGCGAGCAGAAGGACGGACGCACUUUGGCUGUACGACGAGCGUACAUCAGUUCUCAAGUUUUUGGCUUCUCUCGUGCGAUUCGCGCCUUUGGCAUUGAACGCUUCAAGGCAAACGGCAACAAAGCGUCCAGUGGCUUCAACUACGUGUUGCGUCGCAUGUUCCCACAGCAUCAGAUGGCGGCAACGUCAACGCCAACGACAACAUCCCAACAGAGCACACAACCAGCCGUAACAACAUCAGCAUCGACUCAAUAUGGUGACAUGGCUGUGGCAGUUAAUCAUAGCAGCACUAAUAGCAACAGCAGCUGUAGCAAAACGGAGGCACUGAAAAGAACAGCGAAAAUCGGUUACGAGUUUUGCAAGUGUCAUGCUAGUAAAAUUACACAACUGUUCUCCGUGAGAAAUUAAGCUGUCAUUGAAGUGGAUUGUUGGAAUGCUGCUGGUUCUAUGCUUCUGUUGACGUUUUAACUGUGCCAAGCGGCCGUAUAUACAUGUAUUCCAAAAUACUAUACAAUUUGAUGCAUUUCAUUCCGUGUGUUGAGUUGUUGGACGGACGGACGAAAGGAAGCGGAGCAAGCACAAUGCUCAGCACAUAUGUAGAUGUAAUCACAGAAAAAAUGUCAUUAAUUUUAGAUCGUAAUAUGAGUACCAAUUUCAUAGCAACACACGCGUGUAAAAAUUUGGUUUUUAUGUAACAUACUGUAAAUACAUACAUAUAUUUUAUAAAAAAUAUAUAUACAUAUAAUAAUUUGUAGGAUAAAGCAUGAUAAUAUAUAAUGGUCAUUAUAACCUAAUAAAU